CGGAAGAUACGACAAUACCUGGCUUGCUUGACCUUUUUCACAUCACUGACCAGAUAGUCCAUCUUGAUGACUACCUGACUACAUGAUUUGCGAACCACCUUCCUCCCAAUCUUGAGCACCACACAUACCUCCUCAUCGAAUUGAAUCGCAAUCGACCGCCUCUCAAGACGAACUUCCACGAUCUCACAUCCUCUCACCGAUCAACGAACAAUCAAUCAACUCACCAUUGUAUUCACCUUACCUCACCCAUCCCACAAAUCAUCCAGAAACACCAACAUCAUCGAAACACACACACACACACAAGCAUCAGCGAACACAGACAGGGAAACACAGUUUCCAGAAGGGUUUCCAAGAAUGUCCUCCAACGUCGGCCUCUCCACCCCGCGCGGCAGCGGCACCUCGGGCUACGUCCAGCGCAACGCCGCCUUCAUCAAGCCCCGCACCACGGGCUUCGGCCAACCUUACCCGCCCGUCUCGGGCGCCAACUCGGCCGCUGGCGCCGGCGGUGGCUUCAAGCAGCGCGUGCCGGAUCGGCAGAUCCUCGAGCAUGACCGGCGCCGUGCCGUUGAGGUCAAGGUUAUGGAGUUCCGGGAGGAGUUGGAGGAGGAGAAUGAGCGGUUAGAGGAGGAGGGGGAGGGCGAGGCUGCUGAGGGGAAGGGGAAACGGGUGCUCUCGGAGGAGGAGAUCGAGGAGCGGUGUCAGCGGUUACGGGAGAGGUUGUUGAGGGAGUUGGAGGAGGAGGAGCGGCGGGCUGCGGCGCGGAAGGAGAGGGAUGCGGGCAGGGCUGCGGCUGGUGCGGGCAGGCGGUGGGGCAGGGAGAGGGAGAGGGAUAUGCCUCCCCCGUCCAAGAAGCAGUUCAAGUCGUAUCAGGUGCAUGAGUUGGCGGAGGCUAAGAUUGAGGAGAGUGAGCGGUUGAGGAGGGCGUUGGGGAUCCGCGAGGAUAGGGAGACUGGGGAGAUUUCGGGGGGGAGAAGGAGGGAUUGAUUGUUGGACUGGUUGGGUGGUUUUGCUUGGGGUGGUGG